AGCACAGAGGACUACCGCUGAGACGUUGGGAGCACAUCAAGGUCCCAAUCCCUCUCACACCGGCGGACACUGACUGCUAACCGGAGUGGGACUUUCUACAAACGUCAGGAAGGGAGUUUCAUGACCAUAUAUGCCCACAUCCUGGAUUUUGGAAAGGAAACAGAGCACCCGAGGAUCUGAGGCUGCCCACAGACUCAUAACGAAACUGAAAGGUUUGGAAGACAGAUCUCAUCUUGUAAAAAAAACAUCUUAGGGCUGCAAAUCAAGUUCACUUCCUGAACUUUAAGGGAAACAAAAAAUCAUUACUUGGAUGUGAUCAAAUUAUGAUUUACCGUUGUAUUUUCUCUCACAGACUGGUGAUUUUAAGGCAUUACCUCAUUAUUUUGAAACUUAAUGGGCUCAAACUGACAAUAACAUUUUACCUUCAGUAUUUUGCUGCAUUAUAUUACAUAUUCCCUUAAGGUCUAAGGUGGACAGAUUUGUUUUAAGAACAUUUGCAUUCCCUGAAAAAGUGUUUGCAUUAUCUUGACAAAAAUAAUUUAAAAGAAAUAAAAGUAAGCUGCAGUUCUAAAUCACUAUAAGACAACCAAAGUAACCAUAGUGUUUAUAUGUUUAAAAUGCUUUGAAGUUGUAGUGAGCAGCUGUGUUCAGUCAUUUACGAAGGGUUUACAGGUUUUUAGGUAAUUUAGGCAUUCAAACACUGCAAUGGUCUUGAAUUAUGACUUCUACAGACGAUAAAUAACUGACUGAGCAAAAUCCAAAUUCUUAGCCAACCAAUACAAGCUUGGAAUCAGACAAGCUUUGUCUUUGAUGUUAACGUGUACAAGCAGAUAUGGAGGGGUUCAGUAAUCAGCGCCACAAUGAAACCUGGUUUUACAAUUAGUGCAUGAUUAAAAAUAAACAGUGUCAACCAUGCAAAGCUAGCAACAUAACACUGUGUGAAGGAAUGAAAAGAUGCAAACCAACUGCAACAUGAUGCAAAAUAUUAAAAAGAAUCCCCACAGCCAAUACCCUAACAUUUGAUUAGAUAUAUAGGUGGACCGUACUGUCUAUACUAAAAAUGGAAAAUUUUGAGACUGUAGUCAGAGGUGAUGUUGAAUAGCAUUGAUGUAUUAGGAGAGAUUUUUUCGAAAAUAGUAUACUUUUAUUUAUACAAAGUAGAAGCACCUCUGAGUGUAACACUACUCAACAGAAACAUAAAUUACAGCCUUCAAAAUGACCAUAAUAUUUCAUAGCCAUAUAAUUCCAACACUCUACACAUCUAUCAUCCAUCUAACAUCUUUUAUGUAUCUAUAAAAUGUUGUAGAGGUCACAACAUAUUUUUAAUGUUACGUGCAGACAAUGCAUGCAAUAUCUAAACAAAUUUAAGCAACAAGUUUUUGUGUAAUAUGGCUCUAUAGGACAAGAUGGACUCUAAUCAAAAUGGCGACACAGAGGUCCAUGGACCUGUGGCUGGCGUUUUUCUGGAGAAAACAAAGGAGAAGAUAACCAUAUAUCAAGCCAUGAAGAAACGUCUGCUUAAGCCAGGAACAGCAUUAGCCCUGCUUGAAGCACAAGCUGCCACAGUGGGCAUUGUAGACCCAAUAAACCAUCGAAUACUUCCCGUUGCUGAUGCUGUUAAGGAGGGAAUAGUUGGACCGGAGAUGAAAGAGAAACUCCUCACAGCCGAGAAAGCUGUCAAUGGCUAUGUAGACCCCUACACCAACCAAAUGAUAUCUUUAUACCAAGCUGUGCAAAAAGAUUUAGUCCCAAGAGACUAUGGAUUGAGGCUACUGGAAGCACAAAUCGCCACACAAGGCCUGUUUGAUCCUAUUGAGAAGUCAAAUAUUUCAGUUGAAUCUGCGAUUCAAAAGGGCUUCUAUGAAAAAGGUUUGCUCAAUGAUCAGAUGUCAGAGCUCAAAGUGUACUACAAUCCAAGCUUACAAGAAAAUCUUAACUACCGAAGCCUCCUAGAGAAAUGCACUUUGGAGCCUGACACAGGCCUGUUCCUCCUUCCCGUUUGCAUCACGUUCAAAGGUCUGCGAAGAGGUAUUUCCUCCACUGAACUCCUUGAAUCAAAGAUCAUUGACAAAAAAACAUUUGAUAACCUACAGAGGGGAAAUACCACAACACAGGAUGUGAUGUUGAUGGAAACAGUAAAAGAAUACCUGCAAGGCAAAGGCAGUAUCGCAGGCAUUGCUGUACUCUCAUCCAAUCAGAGAAUGAGCAUUUAUGAAGCCAUGAGGAAAGGCGUACUGAUGCCUGGGACAGCACUAGUUCUACUGGAGGCACAAGCUUCAACUGGAUUCAUGAUUGAUCCUGUAGAAAAUAAAAAGUUCACUGUGAAUGAGGCCAUCAAAAACAAACUUGUUGGCCCUGAAUAUCAUGCAAAGCUGCGUUCUGCUGAGCGAGCAGUAACUGGCUACAAAGACCCAUACUCAGGCGAAACUAUAUCCCUGUUUCAAGCAUUGUCAAAAGACCUUAUAGUUAAGGAACAUGGGAUCCGCCUACUUGAGGCACAAAUUGCCACAGGUGGAGUAAUAGACCCCAUCAACAGUCACAGGCUACCAACAGAAGUGGCCUUCAAGAGAGGUUAUUUUGAUCAAGAAAUGAACGCCAUACUAGAGGAUUCAGGGGAUGACACAAAGGGUUUCUUUGACCCAAACACAGAAGAUAAUCUAACUUAUCUUCAGCUGAUGCAAAGGUGUGUCAUUGAUCCCAUCACUGGACUGUGCCUCCUCCCUCUCCUUGGUAAGUCAGACAGGCUGAAUUUCAACUUCAUUGACUACCAAACUAAAAUGGCCUUCAAAGAGGAGAAGGUGAACGUGACAUGUGGAAAGUACAUGGGAAUGACAGUAUCUCUGUGGGAACUCCUGAUGUCAGAAUACUUUGAUGAACACCAGAGGCAAGACAUCAUUCAGAAGUACAGAGAGGGGAAGAUCAAUAUCAAGAUGAUUAUCACAACGGUUCUGGAAGUCAUAGAAAAGUCAGUGAAAACAACAAAUGUUGUCUUUGAAGGCAUCAGAGAAACUGUCACAGCCAAACAGCUUAUGGAUGCAGACAUCAUUAGUAAGGAGGUUAUGGAGGAUCUGAAAAAGGGAAAAAUGUCAGUGAAGGAAGUGAUAGCAGAUGAAAAUGUAAAUGUCUACCUACAGGGGAAAGACAGCAUUGCAGGCAUUCUGCUUCCCGAUUCUCGCAUUAUGACCAUCUACCAGGCCAGACAAAAAGGAAAGCUGAUGCCAGGCACUGCUCUGAUUCUACUAGAGGCACAGGCAGCAACAGGGUUCAUAAUUGACCCUAUUGGAAACCGGAAGUUUUCAGUGGAUGAUGCUGUCAAAGCAAAGAUUGUGGGGCCUGAUGUGUGCCAAAAAUUGCGCUCAGCGGAGAGAGCGGUCACUGGGUACAAAAAUCCAUAUGAUGGCCAAAUCAUUUCUUUGUUCCAAGCCAUGCAAAAUGAUCUCAUCGUAAAAGACCAUGGAAUUCGACUUCUGGAGGCACAAAUUGCCACUGGUGGAAUCAUUGACCCAGUGAACAGCCAUCGCAUUCCUGUCCAUGUGGCCUAUAAGAAGGGAUACUUUAAUGAGGAAAUGAAUGAGAUCCUGAAUGAUCCAAGUGAUGACACCAAAGGAUUCUUUGAUCCUAACACCCAUGAGAACCUGACAUACUUGCAGCUCCUGGCCAGAUGUGUCAGAGAUCCCAUUACAGGUCUGUGCCUAUUGCCACUCAAAAGCAAAAGCAGCCGAAUUAACAUAGAUGAUAAUAUUAGGGAAAAGUUCAAAACAACAACAAUUACUGUUAAGUAUGGCAGGUUCAAGGGCAAGCACACAACACUGUGGGAUCUUAUCAACUCAGAGUAUGUGACGGAAGACAAAAGACAGGAGUUCUUUAAGCUCUUCAAGUCAAGGAAAAUCACAAUUGAGCAGCUCAUUGUCACCAUUGUAGAGAUCGUUGAGAGCAAGGAGAUAAAACGACAAGCAGGGUUGAGCUUUGCUGGUCUCAGAGGAGAGGUCUCUGUUGUGGAUCUUUUGCAGCUUCAAAUUGUGGACGAAAAAACAUACAACAGUAUGGUCGAUGGAAAGAUGACAAGCACAGAUCUGAUGAAAAUGGAGAGUGUGAGAACCCACCUACAAGGGAAAGGUUGCGUGGCUGGGGUGAUACUGCAACCCUCCAAUCAGAAGCUAAGCAUCUACGAGGCACAGAGAAUUGGUGUUCUCACACCUGGUACUGCUCUCUGCCUCCUUGAAGCACAAGCAGCCACAGGGUUCAUUGUUGAUCCUCUGAAAAACAAAAAACUUACAGUGGAACAAGCUCUCAGAGAGAAGAUGGUUGGUCCACAGAUGCAAGAAAAGCUUUUGUCUGCAGAGAGGGCUGUCACUGGUUACAGAGAUCCAUACACAGGUCAAAAGAUCUCACUUUUCCAAGCCUUGCAAAAGGAUCUAAUUGUCAAGCAGCAUGGCAUUCGGUUACUUGAGGCCCAGAUUGCUACAGGUGGUAUCAUUGAUCCUUUGAAGUGUCUUCACUUGCCCCUUGAGGUUGCAUACAGGAGAGGAUAUUUUGAUGCAGAACUUAAUCAGAUCCUAUCAGACCCAACUGAUGACACAAAGGGCUUUUUUGACCCAAAGACACAAGACCAUCUGACAUACAAGGAGAUGUUGGGUAGAUGUGUAAAAGAUGAGGAAACAGGACUGUUUCUUCUGCCACUUAAUGACAAACCAACAGCUAUGGGAACAAAGACAAAUAUGUCCACUAACACAGAGAUAAAGCAAGAGUUUGAAAAGACAGCUGUUAGCAUACUAGUAGGACGUUAUGCAGGAAAAUCAGUUUCUCUGUGGGACUUGAUUCACUCUGGGUACUUCACUGAGGAUCAGCAGCUUGAAUUCUUUGAAAAAUACAGAACAAGGAAGAUAACCACACAAACCAUAAUCACAAUAGUGAUUUCCACUAUUGAAAAACUGGAGAAUGAAACUCCCAAAAUGAUAAUGGGCCUAAGAAAACCUGUCUCUGCACAACAACUACUGGAUUCUGAUAUCAUUGAUGCAAAUACAUUCAAACAGGUGAAAGAAGGAACACUCACUCUUGAGGCACUAAUCCAAAGUGAACCUGUGAGAGGAUACCUAAGGGGAACUGGGAGCAUUGCUGGAAUUAAGGUUUAUCCAUCCCAGAAAGUAAUGAGCAUAUAUGACGCAAAAAAAGAAGAUCUGUUGACACCUGGCAUUGCACUUGCACUGCUUGAAGCGCAGGCUGCAACAGGAUGGAUCAUUGAUCCUCUCAAAAACAAGUUCUAUGGUGUUGAUGAGGCAGCACGAGAGAAAGUAAUUGGACCAGAUGUACAUGAGCAACUUCUCUUAGCAGAACGUGCUGCCACUGGCUAUAAAGAUCCAUACACAGACGCAACAAUAUCACUGUUUGAAGCCAUGGAUGAACAGCUGAUUAAAAGAAGUGAUGGUAUUCGUCUUCUUGAGACACAGAAAGCAACUGGAGGAAUCAUUGACCCGAAUCAAAGUCACAGGCUUCCUAUUCAUGUUGCUAUUAAAAAGGGACAUCUGGAUGAAGAAAUAAGAAAAACUCUGUUGAACCCCACUGGUGACGCAAAGGGAUUCUUUGACCCAAACACCAAAGAAAACCUCUCUUACCUUCAGCUGAUAAAGCGAUGUCAGAAAGAUCCUGAAACAGGGCUACUUCUUCUACCCCUGUAUCAAGAAGAAUCCCAUGUAUUUCACACAGAUGAGCAAAUUGAGCUUGCAUUCAAAAACAAAGCUAUCACCAUGAAUGCAGGGAAAUUCAAAGACAAAAAGGUGACAUUAUGGGAAGUGUUGCUCUCUGAAUACAUAUCAAAACAAAAAAGGGAACAGCUCAUACAACAAUACAAGACAGGAACCAUGAAAAUGGAGGAGAUCAUUGAAAUACUCACUGUCAUCAUUACAGAGGUAUCAUCCAAAGAAAGAAAGUUCAAAGGACUAAGAAAGCAGGUCUCAGCCAGUGAGUUGUAUGAGUCAAAGAUUAUCUCAAAGGAGCUUUUCGCACAGAUUAUACAAGGGGAAGUAACUGAAGAGAAUGUUAACAAAAUGGAAUCGAUUCAGAAGUACCUUGGAGCUACAAACUGUAUAGCAGGUGUCAGAGUUGAGUCUACAAAGAAAGUUAUGAGCAUCUACGAAGCCAAAACCAAACACCUGCUGACCCCUGGCACAUCUCUUGUACUGCUGGAGGCACAAGCUGCAACUGGAUUUGUCAUCGACCCAGUGAACAAUAAGAAACUUUCUGUAGAGGAAGCUGUAGCUCAAAGGGUGGUUGGCAGUGAGUGGGGAAAAAAGCUGCUUUCAGCAGAACGAGCAGUUACAGGAUACAAAGAUCCUUACACUGGAGACACAAUUUCGUUGUUCCAGGCCUUGAAAAAGGAUCUCAUUGUUAAAGAUCAUGGAAUCCGUCUCCUUGAAGCACAAAUUGCCACCGGA